GAGAAUUUGAAAAAAAAGUUAAAAGAUGAUUACAACGAGUGGCGUAAGACGAAAAUUGCAAAAGGCUUCUGGAAGCAAAGAAAUUUGGAAAUGAGCCAAUUGAACUAUAAAAAUUCUCUUUCUCAACCUCAGGAAAGUGACAGUGCUAGUUCUUCAGUAACCACAGUAGAAAGAAUUGAAACAAUUAGUUUUGAGUAUGCCAAAGCAAUCAUAGCCGAAGAUAUGAGAACUGUACACAGCCUAAAUAUGUACUCAAAUUCUUUGUCACGAUUCAAGAGAGACGUAUAUGAAUCAAUGGAGGCUCCACUUACCUAUGAGACACACUUGCAACACUUACUUGCACUCUCUGAUAUAAUGUACAUUGAGAAAAAGUCAAUUUAUCCUGGAUUGCAAAGUUAUUUCGACGAGCCUAUAGAGACAAUACGCCAAAAUAUGUAUAAUACCUUUGGUUUCAAACAACUGAAUCAAAAAUUUCCAAUCGAUACCAUGAUGACUUUAAUAAAUAUUACCAAUGAUCUGAACCGUGAUACAAUGUCAAGGAUUCAAGCAGAAAGCAAAAUAUCAGUACUGGUUAUCGACAACACAGAUCAAAUCAUGAUUAGGUUGUUACAAUGUGUCAAAUCGAUGGUUGAGUUGCUUCCCCUCACAAACCAAAAGAAAGAAAGCAAAGAAUUUGAACUUUGCACAAGAUACCUGCAACCCUGUUUCCAAAAAUUGUUGACUCAUAUAUUCAAGUGGUUGAGCACGAAUUGCUUUUUGGAUGCAGACGCAGAUCCAAACAAAAACCGUCCGGAUGGAGUCGUUGAGAAUGAUCUGAUGGCGAUUGGAUAUUUCGAAGUAGAGCCAAUCAAGCAUACCAAAAACCACAGAAAAAUAAAUAUGGAUUUUCACAGAUUACGCACAUUUUCAAAGGCUGGCACCAUUAAUUUCAACAGAAAACAUAUGUUUCAAAUUAUGGCCGUU